AUUUUGUCACUUGUGUGAUUUACAAAAAAUACUUUUUAUCUCAGUGUAAUUACUAGCUUUGGUGAAUUAACUGAUAUAUUUCAACAAAUUAGUGCAUAAAGUAUACAAAAUGCCGAGAACAAAGCGACCCGUUCGCGUACAAGAAAAAACUGGAGUUAAAGACGAUGUGUUGAAGAAACUUGAUAAAAUUGUGGCUGAACAGAAAGCAAACAUAGAUGCGCGGGUACAGAUGGAAUGCAGAAAUGUUGAUCUUGCAUUCAAAAUGCUCCUUGGAACGAUUAGUAGUACGGUUUUGAACAAAACUGUUGGACAGCUAAAAAAUGAACUACUUAUCAAAGAAGUGGCCAACACUACACGGAAAACAAGAAACUCCAGCAGAGCUACCUCCAAUGAUGAUGGCUACCUCACCGAGACUUCGCAGGGCUCCGCGGAGCGCGGCAAGAAGAUGGCGCCUCCGUCGAGCAACCGCGCCUCGCGCUCGCGCUCCGCCGACGCGUCCGCGCGCAAGAUGGCCGCCGCCCCGCGCACCGACGCCAAGCCGCGGCGACGCUCGCGCUCCGCCGUCUACAAGACCCCCGCCUACAACAAGACUGCCACCAAACACUACCCCGACAUCACUCCCAAGGUGGCCCCGCAGACUCCGCUGACGCUGCUGCGGCACGCGCGCCAGGGCGAGAUGCUGGUCUCCAUGUCAGGCUCGCCCGUCAUGCCCUCUAUCGGAUCUAUGGCGACAGACGGCAAGGCGCACUGCAACUUCAUGCUAAAGGACGGCACCAUGCUCUCCCUGCAACCUAAUCAGCUGCGCCAGUCACAGGCCUUCAUCCCGUUCUCGCUAAUGGACGCCAACGUGCUGAACCAGCUGAAGACGCUACAGGACAACCUCGCCAAGGUCGUCAAGAUGGGCGAGAACGUCGUCAAGACGUGACUUAUACGAUAUUAGUUAGAAUAAUAUACUAUCAUUUGGGUGAAUCAACUUUUUCUUGCCUGUUAUUCAUGCCAUGGUUACGGUCCCCUGAGUCACGCUGGUUUUAUGCAAAAUUAUGCUACUGAAAUUAUGCAAGCAUGGAUGUAGUCCAUGUUUGUAGGUGGCAUAUUAAGGAAAGGGCUUGUUGUGGCAGAAAAAUGCAAGUUGAUUCACCCAUUUACAUAUAGAGUAGUCCACACUGACUGAGCAACGCGCACGUUUGCCUCGCCCGAGUCAAUUUGCUCGACCCUCAACUGUUCAAUGUAGUUCUGCACGUAUUUAUUAUCGUUGCACGAGCCGGGUCCACACUCCACACGGAGCAAGGCAUGUCGCGAGGCAAUUACCUCUUCUGAACUGAGGUAUAGUAUGAAUAUUCUGAGAUGCACUUUUCGCUUUUGCCCUAAUCUGUUAAACAAAGGCCUUUGUUUCUAUUAUUCGCCGCGGUUAGCUCCCGUUUCCACAGCACGUGCCAAAGUCUCAGUGUAGUUAAAAA